AUGGCUGAAGCGAAAGUAGUUACAGAAGUUCCUAAAGAAACCACCUCGAGUGAACAAUCAAAACCUGCCGAAAAGACAAAGCAAGCCGAUGAUUUGCUUGACGCGUCUCUUAAAGAGGAGUCCGAGCUUUCGUGUUCACAAAAAGAAGUCAUUUCAAAACCGAUUCAAUCGAAAAAUGUUUCUGGGCGUCCUUGGAAGCAGACUCAUCAGAAACGGUCCGUCAAUUUCAAUGUGAAUGGUGCUGGGAUGAGCUGGGACGAGAAAAUGGCGAUCAAAGCGCGUCGUAAAAUCAUGCAAAAGGUUGAUGCCGAGAUCAUGGCGAGAAAGGAAGAGGAAGAAGCCAAACGUAAAGAAGCACGAAAGGAGAGUAUAAUUAGAAAGAAGCAAAACAUCUUGAAGAACACUGUUGUUCAACAAGUCACUAACAAAAACAAGAUCAGACAUAUGACUCCAAAACAAUACAAACAACUGAAGUCAUAUCACUUCGACGAGAUCGAAUAA